AUGUGUGUGGGUCUCGGCGCCCACCGUCCAUCCACGCACCGCCCAUCUGCAUCUGCAUCUGCAUGUGUGAUGACGCUCUCCCGGGGGCUGCACAUGGCAGCACUGCUCAACCGCACGCUGCUCAUCCCGCCCAAGCUCGCCCACUUCAACCGUGUCAUGCGCCACAGCGUCAUGCAGUCUGGCUUCCGCAACCGCGCCUGGGCCCACUACUCCCUCCUCCUGCGCUCUCCUGAGUACCUGUCAAUGGGCGAUGUGUUGGACGUGGGCGCCAUAUCACCUGCGCUCGUGCGCACCAUGGACCUGCGCCACUUUGUUGCCCGCCACUGCCGCUGCAACGUGUCUGUGUCGUGCCCGGGCCAUGCGUGCCGCAUGCUCUUCCAAGACAUCACCUUCUCUAACCAGUGCUUGCAAGUGUGUGGGGCGAGAAUCGGCGCAUCCACCCACACCUCUGCUCGGCUGUGGGGCACCCUCACCACUCUUGCCACUGUCACUGCGCGCACGGGCCUCACGGUGCCCCUCCACCCCCCCGGAGCUCCUUCCAACGCCCCACUGCCUUCCAUCGCCCACCAUGCGAGUCCAUGCAGCAAGGGCGAGCUGCUUCAAACGUUGGGCGGCGGCAAAGUGACUUACGACCAUGGCGUCUGCCGGGACUUUCGCCGGGAUCCCCACCGCUUCCCGGUGCCUCUCUCCGUGCACCUCCUGCAGCAGCCGCCCCGCUCCGCUGCCCAGGUGAUGGCAUUCGGGUCCAUGUUUGACAUAAUUAUUACGGACUUGAACCUUCACCCCACUGACCGCAUCCGCCAAGUACAAAAGGCAUGUACUCCGCACUCGCUUUCCCUGCUCUGCCCGUUGCCGUUCUUCUCAUGGCCCAUAGUGCAGCUGGCACGGGACUACAUUCACCAGCACAUGCCCCACCCAUACGCAUGCCUGCACCUGCGCGCCAAUGAGGCCUCUUUUGUGAAGAAGCGGAAUGUCACGCUCAGGUACCCCAACGCUGAGCAAUCACUCCGGGAGAUUCUGAAGCAGAGGGACCAGCAUGUUACUGUGGGAGCAGCAGCCCCGUCCGCCAACCUGCACCUCUUCCUAAUGACAGAUGUACACCAGGAAGUGUGGUCUGAGCUGCUGCUGCCGCGCCUGGCGCGCCUGCCUGUGCCAGUGCAGGUGCACACACUCGCGCCGCUCAAGCAGCGCCUACUGGCCCUCUCAAUGCGUCUGCGCGGCUACGGCAUCGGUAUACGGGCGAACCGAUUCUUCCAAAAGGUGGGCUAUGACAUGGGUGCCACGGAGGCCAAACCACAGGUGUGA